AGAUAAAGAUAUUUUGAACGGAAAAUAUAAGAAAUAAUACAAUAUAAAAUACAAUAAUUUAAAUUGUGUUAAACUUGGUCAUCAAAUAAGUGUCAGUAUUCAGUGACGGUAUCAAUGCAGCUUGGCAAUGUGUCGAAACGCUUCAUUAACUUUAUAAUGAACUGAAUGAAAACACGGACCCAGAAAUGCAUAUUUGAUUAAAUAUGUUUAAUACAAAAGUAUUACAUUUGUCACCUUACCAGAGUUUGUUCCUAAGAAAUAACGGAAAUCAAACAGUGUGACGUGUUUAAAACGCCACUCCAAGCAUCACGUCACUUCCUGUGAUUAGCUUAGCCUAGCUAGUAGCCGUUAGCAACAGCUAGCCGCGCUGAGUCCGCAGCUGUUUGACGGUGGUUCUGUUGGAUCUGAGCCGAACCUUUCAGCAGCAAUGUGUUCCGUUCAGCCUCUGAGAGAGUUCAUCAGGGAAAGACUCGCUGCUGCCGCGGAGGAGAUCUUCUCAGAGGUGGAGAACACCGUCAGGCUGCUGGAGAGCCGCUGGGGGACCGACACACACCGGGAACCAACAGGUCCGCAACACCACACACACCGGGAACCAACAGGUCCGCAACACCACACACACCGGGAACCAACAGAACUCCAGCAGCUGAAGGUUCCUGAGGACCCGGUUCUGAUUGACCCUAAACUAUGGAGCCAGGAGCGAAACCACAGACCCGACCCAGGUAAACCAGAACCGGGCCGGGAUGAGGAACCACAGAUCGGAGAGAUAUUCUGCGGUUCUGGAAUCAACUCGGUCCAGUUUGGAGGAGAACAGGAUCAUCAGCACCAGCUGCCGGACACGAAACCUUGGAGAACAGGAGAGACCUGGUGCUGCCCGGCUAACGAACUUCCACAGCAACAAGAUUCUGAUCGGGUUCUGAUGGGCCAGCAGCUCCAGAACCACGGCAGGACAUGGAGUCUGGACCAGGAGGAACCAGAACUUUCACUGAAGCAAGAGUACCAGGAGGAUCUGUGUGUCUGUCAGGAGGAAGAGCAGUCGGACCCGGAGACGUUCAUGGCGGUUCUGACUGAUGAAGAAAGUGAUCAGACUGAACCAGAACCAGAACCAAACUCUGGGUCAGAACCUCUUCAAGGAUCUAAAGUCAAGUCCAAUAAGAAGAGAAGAAAAUAUGCAGAAAGUUCUUCUGGGUCGGAGAGUCUGGAUGAUGGUGGUGGAGCAGCAGCCCAGGUGACUUAUUGGACAGCGUCCCCAGCCGAGGACGUUGUCUCUCCAAGUCCAGAGGGAGGACGACCUUCGACCUCAUCGGCCCCGCUGCUGCGCGGCACUGACAGCGGACCCUGUGAAACGCCGUCCGCUCGCCGGUCAGCAGCCAACUGGGCCCGGCGGACUCCAGCAGCAGACAGUCUGUAUUCCUGCAACACCUGCGGGAAACGCUUCCGGUUCAACUGCCGCUACUUGUCCCACAUGAGGACCCAUACGGGGGAGAAACCGUUCUCCUGCAGGCAAUGUGGGAAAAGUUUCACUCAGGGAGGAAGUUUGUGGCGACACGUCAGAACGCAUUCCGGAGAGAAACCGUUCAUCUGCAGAACAUGUGGGCGGAGCUUCAGCCAGAAGACCGGUCUGCUGGGCCACAUCAGGACUCAGCACAGAGGGGUGGAGCCAAGCUCUGGCUGAACGUGUGGGCGGAGCCUCAGCAUUAUGGGCGGGGCCUCAGAGAGAAGAACAAAGUGGCAACUAAACAGGUUUAGUAAUCAAAAUUAUGAUGAAUGGACAAAAACACUUGACCUGGUCUGGUCCCCUGGCCCAGGUCAAGUGUCAGGUUCUGGGGUUCUGACCCGUCUUUAGAGGUUCUGACUAGGGCUGCAGAUGGAGGUUUUCUGGCCGAUCACCAGUCCUUAAAAAGCCUGACCUGCUGAUUCUGAUUUUGGCCGAUACCAAUUUUUUUGACUGGAAUGUUGCUUAAUAUAGCAAGAAAGUCACUGAGUUGGUAAAAAUGUGGUGACUUGUUAACUGCCAACUUGCAGACCGGACCUGGUGGGUGGUCUGUCAGUCAGAUCUCUCAGGAGAGAGCAGAAGAGGGCAGUGGUUGAUUUUUAGGCUGUUCUUGAUAAGAUCGGAGGAUAAGAUCAGCUUCACAUGUGGGACAAUCACCAUCUCCCAAAAUUCAAACAACUGGUGCCGAUAAAUCCAUUGGCCCCUGGUUCUGACCCGUCUUCUUACAUAUUCUUUUAAAUAAAGUUUGUUUUCUCCAUCAA